AUGGAUGUGACCAAGAAAAACAAGCGAGAUGGCACUGAAAUCACUGAAAGAAUUGUCACGGAAACAGUAACUACCAGACUCACAUCCUUACCACCAAAAGGGAGCACCAGCAAUGGAUACGCUAAGACAGGCUCUCUCGGUGGGGGGAGUCGGCUGGAGAAGCAAAGCCUGACUCAUGGCAGCAGCGGUUACAUCAACUCAAGUGGGAGCAUCCGAGGCAGCGCGUCCACCUCCAGUUACCGGAGAGCUCACUCGCCAGCCUCUACCCUGCCCAACUCUCCAGGCUCCACUUUUGAAAGGAAAACGCACGUGACCCGCCAUGGAACUUACGAAGGGAGCUCCAGCGGCAACUCUUCCCCUGAGUAUCCGCGAAAGGAACUCGCAUCUUCUGCAACCAGAGGACGAAGCCAAACACGGGAGAGCGAAAUUCGAGUUCGGCUGCAGAGUGCAUCACCGUCCACCAGAUGGACAGAAUUGGAUGAGGUCAAGCGUUUGCUUAAGGGAAGCCGAUCUGCAAGUGCCAGUCCCACCAGGAACACCUCUAACACACUUCCCAUCCCCAAGAAAGGCACCGUAGAGACCAAAAUGGUGACCGCAAGCUCCCACUCAGUAUCAGGGACCUACGACGCGACAAUACUGGACACCAACCUUCCCCAGCACAUGUGGUCCUCCACCUUGCCUGCAGGGUCCUCCAUGGGGACCUAUCACAACAACGCGACGACCCAAAGCUCCUCUCUGCUCAACACCAACGCCUACUCUGCAGGAUCAGUCUUUGGAGUGCCAAAUAACAUGGCGUCCUGCACGCCUACGCUGCACCCUGGGCUCAGCAGCUGCUCUUCAGUGUUUGGCAUGCAGAACAAUCUGGCCCCCAGCUCUUCUGUCCUUUCCCAUGGCACAACCACCUCUUCUACAGCAUAUGGUGUGAAGAAAAACGUGUCCCAGCCGCCCACUGUCACCAGCACUGGUGUGUCGACUUCUGCAGCCUGCACCACCAGCGUCCAGAGUGACGACCUCUUGCAUAAAGACUGCAAGUUCCUGAUUCUGGAGAAAGACAACGUACCAGCCAAGAAGGAGAUGGAGCUCUUGAUCAUGACCAAGGACAGUGGGAAGGUCUUCACCGCCUCCCCCGCCAGCAUCUCUUCAACUUCUUUUUCAGAAGACACCCUGAAGAAAGAGAAGCAGGCAGCCUACGCUGCGGACACCUGCCUAAAGGCAGACGUGAACGGAGACCUAACUACCGUGUCCACGAAGGGCAAGGCCAUCUCCGCAGAAAACCACAGCUAUGACCAAGGUGGUGGCGGUGGUGGAGGCAAAGGCGGCGUGGGUGCUGGCGGCAGCAGCGGCGCUGGUGUCAGGGGCGGAGCGUGGGGGGGCGCACCUGCCUGGUGCCCCUGUGGCUCCUGCUGCAGCUGGUGGAAGUGGCUGCUAGGCCUGCUGCUCACCUGGCUGCUGCUGUUGGGUCUGCUCUUCGGCCUCAUUGCUCUAGCGGAGGAGGUGAGGAAGCUGAAAGCCCGGGUGGAUGAGCUAGAAAAGACCAGGGUGCUGUACCAUGAAGACAAGACGGAGAGAAGUAGCAAGGACCGCCUCCACGGUGAUGCACCCAGCCUGGGACCUGGCCUAGGUGCAGGGCCUGGCUUAGGAAAAGCUGGGCUGGAUGACUAUAGCCAGGAGGCCAUCUGGCUGUUCGUAAGGAACAAGCUGAUGACAGAGCAGGAAAACGGAAAUCUCAGAGGAAACCCUGGUCCAAAAGGUGACAUGGGAAGUCAAGGCCCUAAAGGAGACCGAGGCCUUCCUGGGAUUCCAGGUAUCCCCGGGCCCCUGGGCCACCCUGGCCCAGAAGGACCAAAGGGACAAAAAGGCAGCAUUGGAGAUCCUGGCAUGGAAGGACCCAUAGGCCAGAGAGGACUAGCAGGCCCCAUGGGCCCUCGUGGCGAACCUGGGCCUCCCGGGUCUGGAGAGAAAGGAGACAGAGGGAUUGCUGGAGAACAAGGUCCUCGGGGCCUUCCUGGUGUCCCAGGUUCUGUGGGUCCCAGAGGUCCCAGUGGCUCUCCUGGUCCCCAGGGCCCCUCAGGCUCUAUGGGUCCCCAAGGGCCCCGAGGUGAAGUGGGACUUCCUGGUGUCAAAGGUGACAAAGGACUCAUGGGACCACCAGGACCCAAAGGUGACCAGGGUGAGAAAGGACCCAGAGGCCUCACAGGGGAGCCUGGCAUUCGAGGUUUGCCUGGAGCUGUAGGCGAACCUGGAACCAAAGGCGCGACGGGUCCCGCUGGCCCUGAUGGACAGCAAGGCCCCAGAGGUGAGCAAGGCCUGACAGGAAUGCCUGGAACCAGGGGCCCACCAGGACCCUCUGGAGACCCAGGAAAGCCAGGUCUCACAGGACCCCAAGGACCUCAGGGACUUCCUGGUAGCCCCGGCCGACCUGGGCCUAAAGGUGAACCUGGCGCUCCAGGCAGAGUUGUCACUUCAGAGGGAUCAUCAGCAAUCACUGUCCCUGGACCUCCCGGACCUCCCGGUGCCAUGGGACCACCAGGACCUCCAGGGACCCCAGGUCCUUCUGGCCCUGCUGGUCUCCCAGGACAGCCAGAAGGUGUUGAUUUACGAGGUCCCCCUGGCCCACCUGGACCACGAGGACCUCCAGGGCCUUCCAUCCCAGGCCCUCCAGGACCCAGAGGCCCACCAGGGGAAGGCGUGCCAGGCCCACCAGGCCCUCCAGGACCUUUCCUGACUGACUCAGAAACCUUCUUCUCUGGCCCUCCAGGCCCCCCGGGCCCUCCAGGUCCCAAAGGAGACCAAGGCCUCCCAGGCCUCAGAGGACAUCAGGGUACUUCAAAGACAGUCUGGGGUGAUCCUGGUGUCCCAGGUACUCCUGGCAUCCCUGGUGGACACUCGCUCGGGGGAUCAUCCAGCACUAUGUACAUGCAGGGCCCCCCUGGGCCCCCAGGGCCCCCCGGGCCUCCAGGCUCCCUCAGCAGCUCUAGCCAGGAUAUCCAGCGCUACGUUGCAGAGUACAUGCAGAGUGACAACAUCAGGACUUAUCUCUCUGGAGUUCAGGGUCCCCCAGGCCCACCAGGUCCCCCAGGGCCUGUCAUCACCAUCACAGGAGAGACUUUCGACUACUCCCAGCUGGCAAGCCAGGUGGUGAGCUACUUGCGGGCAUCGGGCUACGGUGUCACUUUGUCCUCUGCCUCCUCCUCAGAAGAUAUCCUGGCCAUGCUGCGACGGAAUGAUGUGUGGCAGUACCUACGUCAGCACCUGGUGGGCCCUCCUGGUCCCCCAGGGCCACCAGGAGGCAGCGGAGAUGGGACCCUCCUGUCUUUGGACUACGGAGAGCUGAGCAGACAGGUUCUCAACUAUAUGUCAAGUUCUGGGAUCAGCUUUGGACAUCCUGGCCCACCGGGACCCCCUGGCCUGCCAGGAACAUCCUACGAGGAACUACUCAGCAUGCUCCGAGGGUCGGACUACAGAGACAUCAUUGGACCUCCAGGGCCCCCAGGGCCACCCGGGAUGCCAGGCAGUGCAUGGUCCAGCAUCAGUGUGGAGGACCUCUCAUCUUACUUACACAAUGCUGGCUUGUCCUCCAUGCUAGGCCCUCCAGGCCCUCCAGGGCCCCCGGGUCCUCGGGGGCCCCCAGGUGUCUCAGCAGCUCUGGCUACCUACGCAGCUGAAAACAGUGACAACUUCCGAAGCGAGCUGAUUAGCUACCUCACAAGUCCUGAUGUCCGCAGCUUCAUCGUCGGCCCUCCAGGCCCUCCGGGGCCACAGGGACCACCUGGAGAUAGUCACCUGAGGGAGAGCUACAACUGGGGUAGCAGCUCCUCAGCCAGACGGGGCACUUCCUACGGCUCUUCCACGGGCAUAGGGGGAGCCAAUGGAGGCUCCCUGGGUGAAGGGGGAACCUUUGGCGCAGGAGAUGGGGGACCCUAUGGUACUGACACUGGCCCAGGCAGAGGCUACGGAGCAGCUGCAGAAGGUGGCAUGUAUGGCACCGAUGGCGGGUCAUUCCGGGCUGGCUUCACCGGAGACCUGGAUUACAACAAGCUGGCUGUGCGGGUGUCAGAGAGCAUGCAGCGUCAGGGUCUGCUACAAGGGAUGGCCUACACUGUCCAGGGUCCACCAGGCGCACCUGGGCCCCAAGGCCCUCCUGGCAUCAGCAAGGUCUUCUCUGCCUACAGCAACGUGACACAGGACCUCAUGGACUUCUUCCGGACUUACGGAGCGGUCCCCGGCCCACCUGGGCAGAAGGGAGAGGCGGGAACCCAGGGACCCAAAGGUGACAGGGGCCCUGCUGGACCACGAGGUCCUCCUGGGCCACCCGGCCCUCGAGGGAGCAAAGGAGAGAAAGGAGACAGAGGUGACCAGGUCUACAUGGGGAGGAAGAAGAGAAGUAUUGCCACCAAGCCAUAAACUGCACUUGGCAGAGGCACCAGGUUCUUGGACCAGUUCUUGCCGUGUGCUUGGGUUCCCAUGUCCAAGGGUCCCGGGCAGGUCAAAACUGGAAUCGGCCCACAUCCUGCUGAGACCAAGUCACCUAGCAACACUUGUUUUAGUCUGAACAAAAUAUACACAUACAGAAAAUUCAAAGACACAUAAUCUGAAACAGCUCCAUUGGUUGGGCGGACUUUCGGAAUAGCUACAAUGUUUACUAUGAGACUUAACCUCUGCUAUGUAGAUCUGAGCUCCCUGGCUUCUUCAGCACUUAGCUCAGCCUCGACCUCAGAAGCCAGCCAGUUACAUACAUGUUGGCUGGGGGGUCUUGGAGCUUUGCCUAAAAAAUGAGCCCAGAACAAUGGAAAACGGGAAUGAGGGCCUCUGUGGGGGUGACGUGAUGGGAGACAUCUGGCUAGUUACAAAGGCUAUGCUGUCAGCCUCUUCCUCCCCUGUUCACCCCGCAUUCUCCAGUCACAGAAAAGAAGUGACACUCUCAAGUGAGGAACUCAGAAGUUCCUGGAAGGAGGUGACACUGCAGAUGGUUAUCACAGUAGAGAUGCCAGUCACCUUCCCACUGGCUUACAAAGCCUGACUGGUCGUAGCUAUGGCCUGUGCCCACAGGUGCAUGCCACCACACUAGACCACAGCAGACAGGACAAGAGGGGCAGUGGCAAGGAAGGAAGAGAGGAUCUGAGGAAACAGGGCUCCCACACCUCCGGCUCUGCACGUAGGAAAUGGCACGGAAGACUGGGUGCAGUUUGUUUUUAAGCACUUUUCACUGUCUAAAAACAUUUGUAUGUAAUCUGUAAGAUGAAAAAUCAUUUCAAUUGUAAAAUUUUCAAUUAAAAGUUUUUCUUUUUUA